AUAUAUAUAUGUAUAUAUGGACAUCGAGCAUCCAUGCUCACAUAAUCUUCACCUUCUUGUGAUAUCAUCCACUCAGACUCUCCACCAGUAAACGCUAGCUCUCUCUUCUCUCCAUGGCCGACGAGGGACGCCACCAACACAACAGCCACCACGACCGCCACCAUUUUCUGGUGGUGGCCUACGGCGUCCAAAGCCACGUCAACCCGGGGCGCGUCCUUGCUCGCCGUCUCACGCGGCUCGGCGUCGAUGGCUCCAUCCUCGCCACACUCUCAGUGCCGGUCGCCAUCCACCGCCGCAUGUUCCCCUCACUGGACGGCGCCGAGGAGACCACCGACGGCGUCAUCUCUUACGUCCCCCACUCUGAUGGCAUCGAUGACGGCUCCAUGCCCAAGGACGCCCAGGACAGGGAGCGCCGGCGCCGCGCGAGCUUCGAGAGCCUCUCCGCAGUUGUCAACCGUCUCGCCGCCCGUGGGCAGCCGGUCACGUGCGUCAUGUGCACGCUGGUGCAGCCCUCCGUGCUCGACGUUGCACGGGAGCACGGCGUCCCUCUCGCCUUGUACUGGAUCCAGCCGGCUAUCUCUCUUGCUGCCAACUACCACUACUUCCAUGGCUACGGCGAGCUCAUCGCCUCCCAUGCCACCGACCCGGCGUACCAGGUGAGCCUGCCCGGGCUAAGCCGUCCUCUUCGGAUACGGGACUUCCCGUCCAUCCUCGUCGACACGACAGGCAGCGAUCUGGCCAAGGCCUUCAACGAGGUGUUCCAAGAACUGUUCGAGUACAUCGACACAUGGCGGCCUAAGGUCCUCGUGAACACGUUCGACGAGUUGGAGGCGACCGUGCUCAAGGACAUGAAGCGGCACCUGGACGUGCUUGCCGUUGGGCCAAUGGUUGGGUCCUCGACGGAAGCUCGACUCCAUCUGUUUAAGCACGACGACGUCGACGAGAAGAGGUACAUGGAGUGGCUUGGAGCUCAGUCGGACAAGUCCGUGGUGUAUGUGUCAUUUGGAAGCAUAUCGAAGUACACCCAGCAGCAAAUGGAGGAGAUCGUUCGAGGAUUGCGGCAGUGUGGGCGGCCAUACUUGCUGGUGGUGCGCAAGGAUGGGCUCGAGGAGGGUGUAGAUCAUGACGACCACUGCUUGGAGGUUGUCCAAAACCAAGGGAUGGUUGUGGAGUGGUGCAACCAAUUGGAGGUCCUAUCGCACCCUGCUGUGGGGUGCUUCCUCACGCAUUGCGGCUGGAACUCAACAUUAGAGGCCAUAGUGUCUGGUGUGCCAAUAAUCGGUGUGCCAAACAUGUUUGACCAGCCAACAAACGCAUACUUGGUGGAAGAUGAGUGGGAGAUUGGCACUAGAGGAGAGCGUAACAGUGAGGGGGUUUUCACUGGGACGGAGUUGGCAAGGUGCAUCGAGCUGGUCAUGGGUGAAUAUUGUGCGAAGGCAACAGCGAUAAGGGAAAGAGUAAAGGCUUUGCAAGGGAUAGCACAAGAGGCAGCGGAUGUGGGCGGGCCUGCUGAGAGAAAUCUUCGAGAUUUUGUCAAAACAAUUCAAGCUCGUGGUACAGUUAAUUGCGUGAACAAUACUGUUUAGCGUGUCAAAACCAAUUAAUGGGGUCAAAGUAGAAAAUUGAGCUCCAUCCAUUCAUGGAAACGAUUAUAUUUCUCUUGGUGCUGUUCUGUGCCACAACUUCGAUCCAGACAAAUUCGCUGGAAGACGGAUUAGUGGACUAGGAAUUUGCUCAGGGAACGAAAAAGGUUUAAGAAGAAAUGUUUUUGGGUUGAGCUUGGCAAAUCCCAGACCUUGGAUGCAUGUAGUGCACCGUUCUCUCAAUAAUUUUACUCAUGGCUCACUUGAUGUACACUCCCACUAGUCAAAAGUACCUGUCAUUUUAGAGUGCAUGCAACAAACAAUUUAAGCUUUGACUAGAAGUAUCCUUAUCAAUAUUUUGAAUGGUUGUAUGGAGUAAAUUUUAUCUCAAAAAAGUAUCUCUACAAUACUAUGGUUCCAUUACGUUCAGCAUAAA